AUGUGUCCUACAAAGCCAAUCCAAGACGCGGUGCCCAGUUCUACCCAGACUGUGUACAAAUUGAAGUCACCGGUGACGGUAGUGUUGAGCUUCCCAAAGGAGUAUCCUUCCCUGGAGCAUACAGCUAUGACGACCCAGGAGUUGUCCACAAUGUACAUUUCUCCCCUCUACCUUUUCUUUCCAAUACCUGGGUCUCCAUCCCAUCACUGCUUACACUCUACAGGUAUACUGCUCGACCGAGACUACAAAGGCCAGAACUUCAACCACACCAUGCGUGACCGAAUAUACAAUCCCCGGUCCUACGGUCUGGUCAGGUGUCUGGCCCGAGACGACGGCGGUAAGUGUAGGGCCGGUCAAGGGAGUUAG